GGUUGGAAUUAACUACUUUUUCUGCAUACAAACGAUCGCACUAAGUAGGCGAAGAUUCAGGCCUAGCAAUUAGGCCUAGAAAAAUCUUUGUUUUACAAUAACUAAGGUUAAAGGUGUGAGAUGAAAAACUAUUUUCCAAAAUGUUGGGAAGACGACGAAAGGAUGGAUUAUCUAUUCUCGGCAUUUCGAGGCGAGAAAAACACAAACCCCCAUGACUGGGAUACGAAAAUUAAUUUUUGGAAUUCAGUUAUCACAGCUUACUGCAGGUCGCAUAAAACAGUUACAGUCAACUGUGAGACAAUAAUAGAGGAGUUUAGAAGAAAGGGUAAAGUACCCUUAUGUGUAGGACAGGUUCUAGAUGAAUUGAUUAGAAUUAAAAAGUUGGAGUCGGUCAACUAUGUUAUAGCAAGCAGAGGCUGGUUGUCAUGGAGUUUUCAUGUGUUCAUUAGUACACCAUCAUCUUGGCUUUUUAGUAGAUUUUGGAAGAAGCCCACUGCUUACCCAUCGGGAGUUUAUAUUCACAGAGACCUUCUAAAGGAAUAUGCAAAUUCUCUGUUAGAAGCUCACCAUAAUCAAGUGCAAUGUGAUUUAGCCGAUAAUCUUGUGACUUAUGAAGCAGUUAAAUCGUUAUCAUCCGACUUCUGUAAGGAUAGCACAACACUAGACCUCAUUCUAAGCUAUCUUGAGAAAGAGAAGAAAAUCUGUAUUGGGUACUCAGGAGAUGGGUCGAAGGUAGUUAAAUUUACAGAUGGACCCAACUCUACGGUGCAGGCUAUUAGUGAGGCUGAUUUUGGAAUUAUUAGAUUAAAGAAAACUAUAGAGAUGCUGAAACUGCAAAUAAGUAAAUUGGUGGAAAAGAAGAAAAAGUUACACCAAGAAGCUAAGACUGCACUUAAGGAAGCUUCAAAAACCAAGGCCAAGCAGGCUCUUCGAAAAAAACUCAGCACAGAGAAGAUGAUAGAGAAUUCAGAGCAAACCCUGGCAACUCUAGAACAGUUACAAGAUGAAAUAAAAACAGCCGAGUCUCAAAAAGUGAUCUUGAGUGCCUACGAAGCUGGAGCUUCUGCCUUAAGGAAGACACUAUCCGACCAAAGACUUAGGCCUGAUAUAGUUCACAACACUAUGUCAGACGUACAGGAAGUUGUUGAAAUGUGCCAAGAUAUUUCCACCAUUAUGCAAGACAAGAGCCAGGAACUGGAGCAGAGCUAUAUGGGAGAGGAGAGCCUUGACCAAAGUGAUCUAGAAGCAGAGUUAGCAGCCUUGCUAAACAGCCAGGCUGACAGUGAUAAUGAGGAAUAUGCAACAUCAAGUGCAACUCCAGUUCGAGACAAAGGAGAUACGCCCUUGCGUAGAAGACCAAUUGCAUCUGCUAAUAAAUUUGAUGUUGACAGUUUGCCUGAUGUACCAUCCCAUAAUAUUCAGGAAGAUGGCGACAAGCAGGUUCGCCAACUGCUUUCUAGUUGAUGAUUUGGUUACUGUCCAGUGUACCACUGAUAUUCCAACAGUUGUCAGGUUUAGACCAAGUUUUAUGUAUUGUAAGGAACAUACUAUAUUUAAUGUUUUGUGCUUAUUUUUCAUUGAAAAUGUUUUCUGGUGUGAAGAUACUGUAUUCAACACUGUGGCCUUGUGGUUAGUAGUUCAGAUGCCCACAUUCUAAUACCAAAAUGUAGGGUUCAACAAUCCUGAAAACAUCAUGAUUUUUCUCAUAAACCGCAAUAAACUGCGCUCUGCCCAAGCCUCAUGAAGGCACUUAAUGAGGGGGGUGGACCCAGGAUCUUUCCAUUGCAAUAGAUCCUUGUCAUUUGAUAUUCUGUAAAAGUAAAACUUUUCUGCUGGGCAGAGUCGCGAAGUUUCUACCUUUCUUAGCAUGGAGGUUUUAAGUCACAGAUAGGAUUUGACACAAUGGUCCUACAAGACGACAGUUUUACAACACUCGCAAACACAUGCAUUUGAGUUUGUGAGACGCGCGCGUAUUCCUAGCGCUGUUCCGAUUAGUCAGUUAUUAGUUUGGUUGACACCCCGGAGAGAUUACUGAGAAUAAAGUGUUAAAAAUAUACAAAUAUCUGGGAGAUUCCUGCAGCUUGCGGGAGACGUAGGACCCCAUGCUAAAUUAACUAGAAUUACAUGAAGAGUGACAUGAAUCAAAAAAUGAAAUAUUUUGCCAUUAAUGGUGCAAGUACCCAACUGUUGUACAGUAUUCGUAUGGGAACUUCCAUGCUCAACAGAAAAUCUGUUAAGUAGUUUUUGUUCUAUACAUACUCAACGGAUAAGUCCCAAUCGAAUAUGCCAAUUGUCAUGUUAUAUUAAAUUAACCAAUCAAAAAUGACAAGGAUCUAUUUGGGUGUGUUAUGGUUUUGUUAUAGAUAUUAUUGUUACUAUGUCAUAAAUAGUAGUUUACCACUAAAAUUAUAUAUAUUUUUUUGUAUAAAGUAGCAAGGUAUUUGUUUUGAUUUAAAGCAAAAAUAAACCCAUGUACUUUAUAAUAUCUUGGAUAGCAAAAGAAUAAUUGUUUUUGAUAUAAUCAAGAUUGUCAAAUUUAUUGCUGAAGAUUUUGUAAAUUAUGCAAUUGUCCCCAAAUAUUGAAAAAUAAAAGAAAAUAAUGAUAAAA